AUGUGUGACGAGGAUGAUGAUGAAGUAUUAUUAUUUGAAUGUGGCGCAUCAUUGGCUGCUAAUGCUUUUUCCAAAUUUGAAGAAAUUCGUCGAAGUGGAAAAUUAUGCGAUGUUAUAAUUGUCGCUUCUGGUGUAAAGUUCAGUGCACAUCGAAUUGUACUGGCGGCCACUAUUCCUUAUUUUCGCGCUAUGUUCACGGCAGAAAUGGCUGAAUGUCAACAAAAUGAAAUUUGUCUUAAAGAAAUGGAUGCGGAUACAUUAGAACAAAUAAUAGAUUUUACUUAUACGGGUCGAUUAAGGAUAACGGCUGCAAAUGUACAAAGUACAAUGGAAGCAGCAAAUUUUUUACAACUUUAUAGUAUUGUUGAUGAGUGCUGCAAAUUUUUACAAUGCCGUUUGCAUAGUCAAAACGUGCUCGGUAUUCGAUCGUUUGCAAUGACAUUAGGAUGUGUAUCACUUGUUCUUUCUGCAGAUCGCUUCAUUCAUAAGCAUUUUCUAUCAGUUUCACAAGGUGAAGAAUAUCUGAUGUUGAAGUUCGAUGAAAUUUCGACGAUUUUAUCGCGUGACGAAUUGCUUGUUGAUAAUGAGCAACAGAUUUUUGAAGCGGCAAUGAGAUGGCUUAGUUAUGAUCCAGAGAGGAGCAAAUAUUCUGCUCAGAUUCUGAAAACAGUUCGUUUACCACUUCUGAAACCACAGUAUGUGACGGAUGAAGUUGCUUCUUGCCCAAUAAUAAAUCAAAGUCUGGAAUGUCGCGAUUUGGUAGAUGAAGCAAAGGAUUAUCACUUAAUGCCUGAACGCCGGAAAUUUUUAAAAAGUUUCAGAAUAAAGCAACGAUGUUGCCAAGAUGCUGUUGGUGUAAUUUAUGCUGUUGGAGGUCUUACUAGCACUGGCGAUUCUUUAUCUACUGUAGAAAUGUAUAAUCCAGCUGUUGGGAAAUGGGAAUGCACUCAAGCAAUGAAUUCAAUUAGGUCACGUGUUGGUGUAGCAGUAAUGAAUCGUAUCCUUUAUGCCAUUGGUGGCUUCAAUGGUCAAGAAAGGUUAAGAACUGUAGAACUUUUUGAUCCCGAAAAAAAGCAAUGGAAAGAGGUAUGUCCUUUGAUAAAUAAACGGUCAGCAUUGGGUGCUGCAGUUGUAAAUGAGCGUUUAUAUGUUUGCGGUGGUUAUGAUGGUAUAAGCUCUCUGUCAUCGGUAGAAGUUUAUGAUGCAAAUACUGAUAAAUGGACAUUGACUAUUCCAAUGAAUAAACAGAGAUCAGCGGCUGGUAUUGCGGUUAUUGAUAACUUUAUAUAUGUAAUUGGUGGCCAUGAUGGCAUGUCUAUAUUUAAUUCUGUGGAGCGUUUUAACGUUGAAACGGAAGAGUGGCAAUCUGUUAAACCAAUGGGAAACAAAAGAUGUAGGUCAGGUGCAACAGCUUUACGGGAUAAAAUUUAUGUCUGUGGAGGUUAUGAUGGGCGUCAGUUUUUAAAAAGUGUGGAAGUAUAUGAUCCCGAUAAAGAUGAAUGGAGUCCUCUGUCACCAAUGCAUUUUAAACGAAGUCGUGUAUCAUUAGUAGCAAACUCGGGGAUGUUAUAUGCUAUUGCUGGGUAUGACGGUAUAUCUAAUUUAAGUUCAGUGGAAAUAUAUAAUGUGGAAGAAGAUAGUUGGACUCUAGGAUCAAGUAUGAUCGCUCAUGAGGGUGGUGUUGGUAUAGGUGUAAUUCCGAUUCCUGCUGAAAGAUUGUAA